GUGUCCUGUUACUGCUGAGGCAGACCUGCCUGGCCAGCUGAGCAACUUUCCUCCUGAGUGCUGCCUGCCGGUUAGGCGUCCGGAAACAAGUAGGCGGGAGGCAGGGCAGUAGCCCCAUCUGUGGACCCUGAGCCACCCGUCCGAGGGGUCUGCACCUCCUGGGAGACAGUUGGUCUUCAGGACGAGGGUCCGUGGUGGAUGGCUCUGGGGAUACUCCCAAGGCUGUGCCGUCCCUCUGCUGCGCAGGCUUGGAGGGUCACUGCAGAGAGUGCCUGUGGCCCAGGGGCUGGGGCCAAAGGAAGCUGCAUUGGAGCCCACAGGUUGGGGAUGUAAAGAUAGGUCUGAGUCACUAGUGACGGAGAGGGCAGGCAUUAAACGAGCGCUGGCCAGGGUAUCCUCAAAGAAGGCCCGUCACUGGGACAGAAAGACAGCAGACUGAAGGACAUGGGUGGGCCAAGACUUGUACUCUAUGCUUGCCAUAGUGCCUGGCUCAGAGAAGUCCCCAGGAAAUGGGUGUUGAAUGAAUCAAGCUACAAAAAUAAAUGAUAUAAAAAGAGCAAAGUGAGGAUGGAGAAGCUGGAAGGAUCGGUCUUAAGCCCAAUCCCAGCAGAAACAGGAGAGUCAGCGAGACCCAUGUGGAAGCCAAGGACACAGCUGCCCUGCUGAGAGCACAGUGGCGCACCCUUGGAGACCGUGACCUCACGACAGUGGCCCUUGGCCCUCCACCUCUGGCUGGGGCGGGGGCCGCCCAUCUCCAAGCCCUCGGCCAUGACGACGUCAGCGCUGCGGCGCCAGGUGAAGAACAUUGUGCACAACUACUCAGAGGCAGAGAUCAAGGUGCGUGAGGCCACCAGCAAUGACCCCUGGGGUCCACCUAGCUCGCUCAUGUCCGAGAUUGCCGAUCUGACCUUCAACACGGUGGCCUUUGCCGAGGUCAUGGGCAUGCUGUGGCGGCGGCUCAAUGACAGUGGCAAAAACUGGCGGCACGUGUACAAGGCACUGACGCUGCUGGACUACCUGCUCAAGACAGGCUCUGAGCGGGUGGCCCAGCAGUGCCGGGAGAGCCUCUACACCAUCCAGACACUCAAGGACUUCCAGUACGUCGACCGCGAUGGCAAAGACCAGGGCGUGAACGUGCGUGAGAAGGUCAAGCAGGUGAUGGCCCUGCUCAAGGACGAAGAGCGCCUUCGGCAGGAGCGCACCCACGCCCUCAAGACCAAGGAGCGCAUGGCACUGGAGGGCACGGGCAUCAGCAGCGGGCAACUUGGCCUCAGCCGCGCACGUGGUUCCCCAUCCUCCUACAACUCCUCCUCCUCAUCCCCCCGCUACACCUCAGACCUGGAGCAGGCCCGGCCCCAGACAUCGGGAGAAGAGGAGCUGCAGCUACAGCUAGCCUUGGCCAUGAGCCGAGAGGAGGCUGAGAAGCCGGUUCCCCCAACCUCCCACAGGGACGAGGACUUGCAACUGCAGCUGGCUCUGCACCUGAGCCGGCAGGAGCAGGAGAAGGAGGUGAGGUCCUGGCAGGGAGAUGACUCACCUGUGGCCAAUGGUGCUGGAGCUGGAGCCCAUCGUCGUUGGGACAGAGAGCCUGAAAGAGGAGAGAGAGAGGAGGAGGAGAAGCUGAAAACCAGCCAGUCCUCCAGCCUCGACUUGGUGGACAUCUUCGCAUCAGCUUCAACCCUGCCCUCCACACACUGCUCUGCUGACCCAUGGGACAUCCCAGGUCUCAGGCCUAACACAGAGCCCAGUGGCUCAUCAUGGGGGCCUUCGGCAGACCCCUGGUCUCCAGUUCCCUCAGGAAGUAUCAUGUCCCAGAGCCAGCCCUGGGACUUGCCUCCUGUGCUCUCCUCCUCUGAGCCCUGGGGCCGGACCCCAGUGCUGCCUGCUGGACCACCCACCACAGACUUCUGGGCACAGAACUCCCCCCACCACAAACUCCCCAACAAUGGAGCCAAACCCUGGGGGAACCUGGUAGAGACCUUCAACACACCUGCGUUACAUGAUUCUUCGACCUUUGACCCAUUGGCCAAGCCUCCAGUAUCCACAGAGACCAAGGAAGGGCUAGAAUGCACCCAGGCUCUGCCCUCUGGGAAGCCCAGCAGUCCUGUGGAGCUGGACCUGUUUGGAGACCACACCCCCAGUGUAAAGCAAAAUGGCACAAAGGAGCCAGAUGCCUUUGACCUGGAUGUACUAGGGGAAGCACUAGCCCAGUCCAGCAGGGACACCCCAGCACGCCGGACUCCUGAGUCCUUCCUGGGCCCCUCAGCCUCCUCCUUGGUCAACCUUGACUCAUUAGUCAAGGUGCCCCAGGCUGUAAAGACCCGGAACCCCUUUCUAACAGGUCUCAGCACUCCAUCCCCCACCAACCCGUUCGGCGGGGGCGAGCAAAGCAGGCAGACUCUGAACCAGAUGCGCACAGGAUCGCCAGCGUUGAGCCUGACGGCCGGUGGGCCGAUCGGGGCGCCCUUUGGCUCCAUGACCUACAGUGCCUCCCUGCCCCUCCCGCUCAGCAGCGUGCCGGCCGGCGUGACCCUCCCUGCCUCGGUCAGCGUCUUCCCCCACGCCCGCGCCUUCACGCCGCCGCCCUCCGGGAGCCUGCCGCAACCUCUGCUGCCCACCUCGGGCUCCGCCGGACCGCUCAACCAGACCCCUCUGACGGAUACCAACCCUUUCCUUUGAGCAACGGCCCCGCCCCCGGCCGCCGGCGCGUGCGCGCGAUGCCCCGCCCCCGCCCUGCGCUGAUAACACUGGGCCCCGCCCCCUGGCGCGGGGCGGGGCGGAGCUUCCAUGCCAGGACCCGCCCCGGGAAGGAAGAAGGAAGGCUGAGACUCCGCCCAGAGGCCGGUCUGGACUCUGCCCCCAGCUUCCGCAGACGCUUUGCAGCUCCCGGAGCUGUAGACUUCCCUGGGGUGGAGAGUACGCCCGGUAAUAAAGACUGGAAUCCAUGUCCUCAGCUCUCACCAAGUGGACUUUUUGCCGGGCGUGGCGGCCAGGUCUGGACCACAGCUUGAAUCACUGGCUACCCUGGAAACGACUGCUCCACAAUGUGGGGCACAAAAAUGCUCCCACUUCCCAUACAGCCCCCUCAGCCUACCACCUUCGCUUGUCCAUGCUCCUGAGACUCUCUCUCAGCCAUUCGAUCAUUUCAUCCAUUUAUCACACAGCGGCGCAGGGAAUAAUCUAAAAGUAAAGGACAAUAGGCAAUUGUUCCCUUGCACAAUCAUUAUGUGCUAAGCACCUUAGACCGAUUAUUUCAUUUACUCCUUGCAUCAGUAUUCUGAGGUAGAUAAUAUUACUCCCAUUCAGGACCAGCUACAUAAUUAGUGCAAAGUAAAAAUGUGGGGCCCCUUGUUCAAAAUUGAGUUAAGAAUAUCAAAAUGGGAGCAGGAGAGCAUUAGACCAAGGGCAAAGCCCUUGGCCCUGCUCCUUCUUCAUAGGUGAGGUUCAGAGAGGUUAAGCAGCGUGCUUAAAGUCACAAAGCUGGCAGAGUAGGGCUGGGAUUCCAAGUCAGGGGACCUGGCUCCUCUGCUCUGAGCUCCCAUGCUGGGCCCCAGUAUUCACAAAUAUUGACUGGCUGCUGUGGACAAAG